AUGUCGGUGAUCUAUCGUGAGCGAGAACGUGAGCGAGAGCGAGAGCGAGAGCGCGAUAGAUACGAUGACUCGAGAUCCAGCAUUUCUUCUUCUCACCGCGGAGGCAAUUACACCACCGUCAAGCGAUACAGGGUAACUGAUGACGAUGCUCAUUCUACCACCUUCGAUGGCAGGCGCUACGGUGCUCGGGACCCCCCAGCUCGUGUCGAAGAGACAAGAAUAGUGAGGAGGGAGCGAGAAGAACCGGAGCCUCGACCAGAACGGGUAGAAGCCAGUUACACUCGUCGCGAGCGAGUCGAGCGAGUGCCAGAUGCCCGUUAUGAGGAUGAUAUCGUCAUCCGUCGCACCAAAGAGAUCGACGAGCCUCCUCGACGAGAAUACAGAGCUCCACCACCCCCAGAAACCGUGACUGAUAGAGAGCUCGUCAUUCGACGGACCGCUGAGAAGGACGGAUUUGAGCGUGACAAGAAUUUCCAAGUCGAAAGAUACGAGGAUCGUCGAAAAGAGUUUCGUGACUACGAAGUCAUCUCUCCUUCCCGCGAAGACUUUGGAGAUUUGCAGAAGUACUCAAGAACCGCCGAGUACUACGCUCAGCCAAAUGCACCCCAGACCAUCGUUAUCCGUAAUGAACCCAUUAUUAUCCGUGAAAGAAUCCGCGACGAUGACUACGCCUUGAUUCACCGAUCAGAAAUCGAGGAGAGGCAGAUCUCCAGAAGAGAACCAUCGCCGCCCAAGAAGGAAGAAUUCUACUAUGAGAAGAAGACCGUGGAGAGGGACCCCAGAUCAGUCGAAAGAGAAGAAGAUUUCUACGCCCGGAGGGAGGUUAGCCCUGGCGACUCCAUCUCUCAAGUUGGUGUCGGCGUUCGUCGCCGUUCACGUUCUCGAGGUCGUUCUCGCUACUCUGAUAGUGAUGAGAGCAUGGUCUAUGUGCGCAAAGAGGUCAAAGAGGUCAAAGAGACCAGCCGAAGCGAAAGCCCGAACCAUCGUCGACAUCUUGCUGAAGGUGCACUUGCGGGCUUUGGUGCUGCGGAGCUCAUGCGCCAUCACAAGAAGAGCCAAGGGAAGGAGACCUCGGGUCCUAUUGCAAGACUGGGAAAGGACGUUGGUGCGGGCGUCCUGGGAGCUGUUAGUGCUACCGCAAUCUCCAGAGCCAGAAGCCGACAUCGCAGCAAGAGCCGUCGACGAGAGCGCUCGGAAUCAUCUGAAAGGAGUGGUCGUCGUUCACGACGUCACCGCAGUCGCAGCCGCAGCCGCUCCAAGUCUCGCUCUGAAUCUCCCGCCGGUACAGCCGUUGCCGUUGCUAAAAGGAGGAACAAGAAUGAACCCGAAGACCGUCGCAGCAGGUCGAGACAACGAAGACAUUCAGCCUCGGAGGCCACUGAUGAUGCUCGCAAUCCCGCUCACCGCAACAAACGUAUUGCCGAAGCUGGGGCUGCUGGUGCCGCUAUUGCAGGUCUUAUCGAGCGUGCUCGCAGCAAGUCACGCAAGCGCGAAGGCAAUGAACGUUCUCGCAGCAGGAUUCGGACUGGUCUGCCUAUAGCAGCCGCUGGUUUGGGUAGUGCGGCAAUUGCUGGGAUUUACGAACGCAACAAAGCCAACAGGCAGGAUGAAGCAGCCAUCGCUGCUGAGAGAAGGAAAUCCAGGUCACGAUCACGUAGCCAUGCACGGUCUGCGUAUGGUGAGGCACCACGUGGAAGUAUUAGCGAUCCAAAUCUCAUUGAGUAUGGUAAUGGCCCGAUGUAUGGCAACAUCCCACAAGCCGAUUAUUACGGCCGUCCUGCUCCUCAUGACCCAUAUCAUAACGAAGCAAUGGUACCAGCAGCAGCAGCUGGGGCUGCAUACGGCGCACAUAGAGAGGCACGACGAAGCCACAGCCGUGAUCGACGUCCGUCAAGUAGCGAGGGCUCUGAUGAUCGUAGACGACGCAGACAUCACAGACAUAAUAGAAGCCGGUCCAGGGACAUUGCAACCCCGGCUCUCGCAGCUAUUGGUGGAGGCAUUGCAGCGACCGAAUAUGCUAAGAGAAAGGAGAAGAAGAAGGCGGAAAAAGCGCGAAGACGCUAUGAAGAAGAGUAUGGGCAUGGGCAUGGACAAGGACAAGACCCCUAUGAGGAUGAAUACGACCCAGUCCAGCGGCGCUAUACGCCCACUCCUCCUUCCUCAGCCGAUCCGUAUGGAAAUCCUAACCAAUAUUAUCGGUCUGAUGAUCAACUACCUCCUCCACCAGGCUCGGCUCCUGCGCCGCUAUAUCCUCCGCAGCAACCCCCGGCUGGUUAUCAACAGCAAGGUCCUUAUCCUGCGCAGCCAAGUUACAAUCCGGCAGCCUAUGCGCAGCAACCAGGGGCCCCACCCCCUAUCAACCCAGCAUAUCCUCCACAAAAUUCAGCUUCAAGCGCAGGCUUCCCCCCCGCAACGCCGUUCGCAUCCGGUGGCAAUGGGGAUCCUAGAUUGCCUCGAGGUCGUGGGGAUGAAAAUGUGAGUGCUCCGCCAAAUGGCAAUUUCUUUCCUGGCGAGCCUCGCCACGCCUUUCCGGAUGGUGUAAAUCAAGCUCGCGUUCCCUCUCCGCCGCUCCAGAAUCCGUCCAUGCCGCGAUCAAGCUCUCAGCCUCCGCCUGCACCAAAGAAUGUGGCAUUUGACCUCGGAUCCGACGGCUCACAACUCUCAAGUCCCGAUAAGAGAAGACAUAAACGGAGAGGAGAAAGCAAUCGUGGCUACGAAGCGGAAGAUGAUUCCGAGUCCACCGCUGACGGCCGUGAUAAACGCUACCCUACCCACCAUCCCAUUUCCGAAACCGAGUCUGACCCUGAGAAAUCCGCUCGACAUCAAAAAUCACAUCGUCGACGCCACCACCACCAUGAUGACGACCACCAACACAACCACGCUCGUCCACGCCGCUCUUCUAGAAAUUAUGGCGAAGCUCCCUCUGCUACUCGCCCCGACAGACCACCUAGCCCAACCGGUUCCGAUACCACCAUCGUUCUGCCUGACCGUUUUGAUAAAGAAGGCAGACCUAAGCCUCAGCGGGGAGAUGAUGCUGUUGCCGAUAUAUUCGAAGAUCUCCUUUCUGGCAAGGGGCCCGGUGGGAAGUAUUUCAAGAAAAUUUUUGGUGGUAGUGACGACGAUGCAGGCGCCAGGCGGAGGCGAUGA